GCUUAUCUAUAUUUGUAAUAUUUGUCAGAAACUUGAUCGAAAAGUUGCACUUGACAGUGAGGAACAACAACGCACACAAAAAUGGCGAAAAAUACAUCGGGUUUGCUUACGAAAAUAUUGGAGUAUGAUGUUAAAUGUACAAAAAAUUUCGUUGCAUUUUUGUUACGCUUUCCAUCAUUUAAAACAAUGAAAGUUUAUUCGAAAUAUUUGGAAUAUUCUUGUAAUGGUAUUCUUUGGCUAGCCAUGACGAUAGCUUCCAUAUGGCUCCUUAAUAGUAAAUCAUAUUUUCAAAUGCAGCUUAAUUUAUUAGUUGGACUGAUAAUUGAUAUAAUAUUGAUAGCAGUAUGUAAAGCUUUUGUCCGAAGACGACGACCAUCGCCUUGUGAUGAUAUGCUUACUCUUGGUCCUGAUAAAUUUAGUUUUCCAUCUGGUCACGCCUCUCGAGCAAUUUUUCUUCUUAUGUUUUUUAUAUUUUUGAGUCCAAUGAGCAUGAUAAUGUGGUCUCCGAUGAUAGCUUGGACAGCAAGUGUAUGUUUAUCACGUUUGCUUUUAAAGCGUCAUUUCAUCGUGGAUGUACUUGCCGGUAUGUUCAUUGGUGUUGUGGAAGCGUGCUUUCUUUCUCUUAUUUGGAUUAAUGAAACUUCAGCAACAAAUAUAAUUAUGAAUUUAUCAAAUGACAAUGUGCCCGGCGGAGCCGAAUAGUAACUCUUUAAGUUUGAAGUAGUAAAAUUUUUGUUCAAAGUUUACAUUAUAAAGUUAGAAAAAACUGAAUUUAAUUCGGGUAAAAAGCGUUUAAAAAUCAUAGAAUGUUACCAAAUAAUAAAUAUUUGUUACAGAGCUAAGUCAGAGUUCUACAAUUUUUUGUCAUUGACUGUGAAAGUAAUGUUGUUAGGAACUAUAGUUAACUAAAAAAAGAAACAAUUCAAAAUUUGUUAAUAAUAAAUGGUCUUAUAAGUAACAGUAAGAAAUAAAGAAAAUACCAUUUUAAAUUAAAUUAAUGAGUACUGCUAGUAUGAGCAUAUCUGUGUUCGGUUAUGAUCGGUGUGUACAAUCAAGUUCUAACAUUAGGUUAAGGAAAACUUCGUAUUUUCUUAUUGUUACAUAUAAUCGAAACCUCUUAUAAAAAUGGUGGUGUCAAAAAAAGCUUGUAAGAACCAUUACGAACUAUAAUCGUACGGUUUUCGAACAGAAAAAAUUUCUCUAAGAAAUGUUACAUUUAAUUUGAUUCUAUCAUACCGCUAUCCAACGAAGAUCGUUUUUUUUUUUAAUUAAAGGAUAAGUUCAAAUGAAAAUCGAAAAGGAUUUAUCGACAGUGGAACGGUCUGUCAAUAUGUUUUAUAAAACCGAUAUUUUUGCUAAAAACUAAUAUUUCAAUCACAUCAAAUUAUGUUAAAGCUUAUCUCAUAAACAGCUAUCUAUAUAAAGUAACACCAAGGGGUUCAAUGAAAUCAUGCCCCAUAAUUGCUUUUCCACGCAAUCAUCAAGUAUGAAGAAAUAUGAAAUGUUUUUCAAACAUUUUCUGUCAUACAUUGAAGGCGAAUUAAAAAUAAAAUUUCCAUAUUUAAAUAUUGUAAGAAAAAAUCUAGUAUCGGAGAUAGACUAUUUGCGAAGUCAUGCCAAGGGUUUAGUUUACACAGUUCAAAAAGUUCAAUCGCGUCAAUAAUGUGAAGAUUGAAAGAUACCUGAGUCUAUGAAGAAUUCAACUAAGAUUAAUUAUUAGUUUCCCAACUGAACAUGUUUCAUCUUUUAAAUAUGGGAUUAAAUAUGGUCAACACCUGCAGAUCCCAAAUAUUUGCACACCCUAACUGAUUGUGGCCUGCCGACAGCCAGAAAAUGAAUUCAGUAUCUUUAUAUCUUUCAUUGAAUUAGAAGAGGUCUGUAACAUUAAAUAAAAGGAUACUGUUAGGGUUAUCUAUAUGAGUAAAUUGUCCCGAUCGGCUUAGGAUAUUCGUUGUAGGCAUAUCAUAAUAGUUCUCAUAGACCGCAGUGUUUCAUUUUACCUUCUAAUAAUAAGUACAAAAAACAAUAUUUA